AUGAAGUACCUCCAGUUCCUCGCUGCCGUUGCGGCCGUCUCUGCCUUCUCCGGCCCCGUCCUUGCCGGCUCGGUCGUCGACAACACCAACCAGGUCGUCCCCGUCCAGCUUACCGGCGCUCUCCUCUCGCAGGUUGGCAACGGCCAGGUUGCUGAGCGCUCCGUCAAGGUCGACAACGACGCCCAGUUCGUCCCCGUCCAGGGCACCAUCGCCGCUCUCUCGGCCGUUGAGAACCUCCAGCACGUCGCGCGCAAGGCGCCCGAGUUCGAGCACGAGGGUGGUGACAUCGUCAAGAACACCAACCAGGUGCUGCCCAUCCAGGCUACUGCCGCGCUCCUCUCGCAGGUCGGCAACCUCCAGACCGCUGGCAAGCGCGGCGUGCACGGUGACAACAUCGUCGAGAACACCAACCAGGUGAUCCCCAUCCAGGCUACUGCUGCUGCGCUCUCGAGCGUGCUCAACUCGCAGAAGGCCAGCCGCUCGGUUGUUGACAACGACAACCAGGUUGCCCCCAUCGAGGCGACUCUUGCUGCUCUCUCGCAGGUUGCCAACGGCCAGGCUAGCAAGCGCGACGGUGCUGUGAUCAACGACAACCAGGUGGUUCCCGUCCAGGCGGUUGCGGCUGCGCUUUCGCAGGUGGUCAGCGGUCAGAAGACCAAGCGAGGUGAGACCAAAGAGACCGAUAACGUCAACCAAAUUGCACCUGCUCAAGCCACCCUUUCCGCCCUCUCCGAUGUGAUCAGCAGCGCGCACGCCCGCCGAGCGAUGGAUGUAGAGCAGUACAAGACGCUCACGUACGCCGUGGAUGCUCUGCAGAAGGCGGUCGACCAGACCAACUACUCUGACAAGACGCACCACGUGGAUGCCAUGACGGGCACCGCCGAACACCUCACCGACAAGCGCGACUCGUCCGCCGACCCCACUGCCCUGCUUGGCUCGGCCAUGAGCGGCAUCUCUGUUCCCGUUGGCAACAAGGAUCUGCUCAAGGGCCUUGCCAGGCGUUGGGCUGCCGAGGAGGAUGCAGCCAUGGCUAAGCGUCGCUCGGUUGAUGGCCGUGGUCAGCGCCCGCGUCCUCGCGGCUCUUCGGAGCACAACAACAACGGUCAGUGCUCGGUUGGCGAUGCGCAGUGCUGCACCCAGGUCAUCAAGGACGAGGGCAAGAAGAAGACGCUCGCCGGCGUGCUUGGUCUCAACUCGCUUGCUGAGGGCGACAUCGGUCUCAACUGCCAGCAGAUCCCCCUCCUCGGUGGUAUUGCGGCACAGAGCAUCUGCAAGGCUACCCCAGUCUGCUGCACCAACGUUAGCCAGGACGGUCUUGUCAACAUCGGUUGCACGUCGAUCCCCAUCAACUAA